CAGAACGCGAGCAUACAGGAAGACCAGUCGCAAUGGCUCCCUCGUUCGUGACCAUCGACACCACUCCCGACUUCGACCUGGCUCCCCCACCUUCGGUCAAGUCCAUUAACCCCUCCUCCUCGCAGCGUAUCCUCCUCCUCGCGCCGCCCUCCAUCGCCACCCACGAAGAGAAGCUGCGCGACCUCUUCACCACCUAUGACCGCGCCACCACCGACCUCCAGAUGCUCGACCGCAUAGCCGGUGGUUUUGCCUCCCUCCCCGCCAACACAUACGACCUCGUCCUCGUCCUCACCGACACCGAUGGCACGCGACGCUCCGAGGCUCUGCAGCUUCUCAACCGGAAUGUCUACGGCGCGCUGGUUCCCUCCAUGAAGGCGGGGGCGAAAUUUCAGACUCAGGAUAAUGUCUUCGGAGAGGCUGAGGAGCGGGAGGCGGUGUUGGCGGGGCUGGUCAAGAAGGACAAGGGGUUCGAGAAGGCCGACCAAGGCAAAGUAUUCGCCAUCCCCCUUCGUCGGAGCGGAAAGAAGGACGCCGCCAAGAAGACGCCCAAUGCUGCCGCUACAAAUACCCAGACCGCCCCCCUGCCUCCUUCCCCCGCCGCCACCGCUCCUGUACAGUCUGCCCCGCCACUGGCGAUGGGCAUCAUCAACGAUGACGCCGACUACGAAGAUGACGACGAAUUGAUCGACGAGGAUGAACUGUUGUCGGAAGAUGAUCUGAAGAGACCCAUUCCCCCCCCCGAGUGUCAACCCAAAAAGGGCCGAAGAAGACGCGCCUGCAAGGACUGCACCUGCGGCCUCGCCGCCCGCCUCGAGGCGGAAGAACAAGCGCAGCGGGAGAAAGCCGACAAGGCUUUGAACGUGAUGAAGCUUCAGACUGACGAUCUGAACGAGUUGGACUUCACCGUGCAGGGCAAGCCCGGCUCCUGCGGGAAUUGCGCCCUGGGCGACGCCUUCCGGUGUGAUGGUUGUCCCUUCAUCGGUCUUCCGGCCUUCAAGCCCGGCCAGGAGGUCCAGAUUAUGAACAAUGUUGUGCAAUUGUAGCGUUGCUCUUUUUUUUUUUCUUCCUUUGUGCUCUUCUUAGCGGAGUUGGUUCCGGGGCCGGUAACGGGGUAUAGGGGUUUCAAUUUGUCUUUCUUCUUCCUUUUCCUUUUCGGGACGGACAAAACAAAAUAGAUAGAAUCUUUUGACGAACUUUUGGAUGAAAUGAUGUCAGCAACUACUAAUCAUAUCAUUAUCUUUUAUUUCCUU